AUGCGACCCUUCUUUUUAUCCGCCGGUACGCAUCUUAACGUGACCGGAAAUCCCGGGGAAAACGCGACGUUGAGUUGCGAAGCCUUUGGCGGUCUCUACUCUACUGGCAGUUUGAAGUUGCGUCUGUUGCGCGGGCCAGGCAUUCCCAAAUUGAUGGUACAGGCCGCCGAGCUGUAUUCACACCCACCGAGGUCAUACCACGAGAUCGCAGACUCUUUAGAUGACUUCAAUCAUGAUUUUCAAGAGCAGCAAACCAAGCACAACGACAACAAAGAUCUUCAUCUCUGGGCUGACAAUGUUUUAGAACAUGCAGCCAAGCAGAAGAUCAUGAAGGCUGUAGAAACUAAGAAGACGGCUAAAAUUCUGUUUUAA